AUGGGAGAUGUGCCUAAACCUGAAAGUGGAUGGCUUGGUUCGCUGUUCGUACCCCAUUGCGUUGAAAUCCGGUCAGCAUGAAUCUCGACUGGUCUGACAGGCUCGAUUUGGAUAGAGGUGGAAGUGGUGGAUGUCAACAACCAUCCGCCGGUAUUUACAAGCCAGUCCUACCGGGGCUAUGUGUCGGAGAAUCAACCAGCAGGAACGCCAGUAUCGGCCUUGAGACCGGCCAGGCCGGGAAGCAGUUCUUCCAAGCCAUGGGACAGGAAUAUGCCGCUUAGAGUACAGGCGACAGACAGAGACAGUCCUGAAAUUAAUGGGAGGCUGCUUUACGUUCUUCGUCCUCCACACCCAUUUUUUAGUCUUGAUCUGCACACUGGACUUAUCAGCAUUGUUGGGUAA